GUCGUGAUCUUCGCGCGCCUCCCCACGCCCGGCAAGGCGAAGACGCGGCUCGCCGCGAGCGUGGGCGACGCGAACGCCGCGGAGUUCUAUCGAAGGACCGCGGAGCGCGUGUUCGCGUCCACGUCGAGAUGCGACGACGCGGCGUCGCGAACGCUCUUCUUCUCCGACCCGACGGAAUCCAACGCGAUCGCGAACUGGCUGGCGCGAUGCGACCCGGACGCGCGCGACGGCAUGCGCGCGAGCGCGCAGAAGGACGUCCCGGACCUCGGCGAGAGGAUGCGAGACGCGCUGAACCGCGCCAUGUCCACCGGCGUGCACGGCUUCGGCGCGGAGAAAGCGGUCGUCGUCGGCACGGACGUCCCGGACCUCAGCGCGGAGCACAUAACGCUCGCGUGUAGGGCGUUAGACGACAACGACGUCGUCUUCGGCCCCGCGGAGGACGGCGGGUAUUAUCUCGUCGGGGUUCGG